AACCCCGCCCACCCUGUCACCACCACCACAGCUACUAGCUAAACUAACCGUUAGCUUGUCACUGAUGUUGGAGAUCAGUCGACCCAGAAGCUUCAUCCUCUUCCAGCUCGUUUAUAAACAUUAAACUGUCUCAACCUGGAGGACAGACUUUAGCUCCAGGAUGUGCUCCGUGGUCGGGUGUUACUCGGGUCGUCUCGGUGCUCAGCGGUUCAGGCUACCGGAGGACCCGGAGAGGAGGCUGGAGUGGGUUCAGUUCCUCCUGGAAGUCAACGAGCAGCGACUCAGAGAAUCCUCCUGGACUGACAUCACCGUCUGUAGACAUCACUUCACCGAGGACUGCUUCGUUAACCUGACUCCGACCGGCCCGGUCCAGCUCAGGUCCGGUGCUGUCCCUUCAGUGUGUGUCAAGACAGAACCAGACGAACCGGAACCGGGUCAGGAGCCUGAAGAAACCACAGAAGUUGCUUCUGAGUGUGAUCAACUUAGAACAUGUGAUAGUCCGUCCUCCUAUUCUGAAGAAUCAGGACUAACUUCAACAGCUGCCCCAGAAAGCCCAGCGCCAAGUGAUGCUUCAGAUGCUUUCGUGUCUGAUUAUGGUCAGGUGCUGCAAACAAUUGUGAACAUUGAUCUGAUCAGGAAAAAAGCGGCACCUCUACAGGUGAAUGGGAAGUACGUUGUGAAUGAAAAACGCCUCCAACAGUUGUUCAGUCACAAGUGCCGGUCAUGUGGCUCUAAAGUAAAGAUGAAGAAGGUCACAUGUGGGUUGCUCAUCAUCGCGAACCAACAGUGCCUUCAGUGUGAGUACAGAAACCAGAGGAAAAGUCAAGUCAACGCCAGUGUCCCGACAGCUGAAGAUCAACACCUGACAGAAAUAAUAGAAGUGAGAGUAACUCCAGAGACCAAACAGAUGGUGUCAACAGAUGACAACUGCAGCUCUAUCCCAGGCAUGUCGGAGAUGGCCGCUAUUGAGGAGAGUGAAACGGAGGAAUCAUCGGAUGAAGGUGACAUGGAUACAGAAUAUGAUGAAUCUGAGGAGGAAACCGACAAUGAAGAGGAAGAAGAUGGUGACUGUCCUCCACUGCCCCUCAAAUACAGUCGGCUCUGCACGGAGUGUGGAAAGUUUUUUAAUAAGCGGAGGGCUCACACAUGUGAGCACAAAAUUAAACCCUACUGUUGCAAUAUUUGUGGAAAAAGAUGUGUUAGUGAGCACGCUCUGAAUUCUCACAGCAGAAUCCACAAUGAAAACCACGAGUAUCGAUGCAAAUUCUGUUACCUUAAAUUCAAAACAAAGGUGGACAAAGUCACUCAUGAGCAGAUUCACGUAAUUCAAGGGAAACCCUAUAAAUGUCCCGACUGUCCGGAGUCAUUUCCCACAAAUAAGCUACGCAGAAUCCACCUGGAGGAUCACAGAGGCCCUCAACAAUUAAAAUGUCACAUAUGUGAGAUUGAAUUUACCCAAACUGGUCAUCUCCAGAGACACUUAGCCGUGCACACAGGAGUGAGGCCGUUUAAGUGUUCAGAGUGCCAACGUGGCUUCAGCCAGCCAAGCCACCUGAAAUCCCACAUGCGUCUGCACACAGGGGAGAGGCCUUUUAAGUGUCAGCAAUGUGAACAAAGCUUCAAUCACAACGUGAGCUUGAAGAGUCACGUCCAGCGUUACCACUCACCGAACUCUGGAUGUGAACAGAAGAAGGAUAAAAUAAAUAAAACUGUAAGUGACACCGGUGAUGCUCAGGAGAAUGGGAACAAGAGAGGCCCAGACUGUGGGCUUGACAAUGUAGAGGAAGAACAUGAUAAAGAAGAGGAGGUGCAGAAGGAGAGUAAAGUUAUGCCAAAAUAUAAAAAGAGGAGCUCAGGUAGACCCAGAGGAAGGCCGAAAAGAAAUGCAGCAGACAACGUGGAUCUGGAAGGUGAAAUGCAAGGCCAGCAUUCAAACACUAAGACUGCCAAAGUUAAGAUGCUGAAAGAGUUAAAGAGAACACGCUGCAGUGAUGAAGAAAGUGAGGACGAGCUGACCGAAAGCGACCUACCGGACGAGACAUGUCCUUUGAGUCCACAGAGGAGCACAAGCAGAUCAAGAGGAAGGGCAAAAAAUUCUGACAGUGACUCUGAUUUUGAUCCAGAAGAAAGAAAGAAAAAGAGGUACAGCAGCCAGAAAAGGGGUAAAAGCUCAGGGAAGCGUAGGGGAAGACCAAGAAAGAAUUAAGAGACACUUAGAAAGACAUUGGAGUCAUUAAGUUAAAAAUACAGUUAGUGUCCUACAGAAAUGGGCAGUUUUCCAUUAUAUAUUUGUAUAAUUAAAGGAACGGUGUGUAGGAUUUGGCGACAUCUAGUGGUGUGGUUGUAGAUUGCAAUCAACUGAGUACCCCUCAGCUCAAACGUCCCUUUCUAAGACCGUGGUAACGUGAACCGCCGAGUG